UACUCUUUUAUACAAACAAUCUGUAAUCUUAUCAGAAGUUAUGAUUGCUAGUUUGUUGUCAAUAUGAUAUAGAGAAAUUCUAUGGGUCAAAUGAUUGUUAUUGAAUCAAGUUGGAACGCAUUGUAGAGGACAAAGCCGAUGGCGUCGAAGAUGAUAUUACCUACAGUUUACUGAAGUUGGUGAAAAUGUGAGUAGCAAAAGAGAUCAAUGCCAAGGGUAGUAUGUAUUCUGCGUCAAGGCACUUCCAACAAUGGUUAUACUUCUUAUUUGAGCUCUUGCUGAUCUUACCACAUUCUCUUCUCUGCCUGCAUCUACGACUAUCAACAACAACGACAAUCGAAUACAAUUUCUUGAAAUCAAACUUUUUUAUUAUUCAAUCAUUCAAUCUAACCCAUCCAUAUGUCUAUUUAUCUGUUAUACCCAGUAUAUAG